AAGUGCGCCCGGAGCCGGCGUCGCGGGCCGAGCACUGGCCCUCUCUCCCUCUCUAGUGUCCCUGUGAGAGCCUCGGUGAAGACUUGGUCCCCCCCCCCACCCCAGACAGCCCCCUCCGGGAAACCCUUCACCCAAAGGGACCCGCCGAGCCAGAUGAUGCCUGUCGACCUGGGGCAGGCCCUGGCCCUGCUGCCGCAGCUGGCGAAGGCCGAGGACUCCCCGUUCUGCGGACCGGACGCUGCCCCUCGAGGGGAGCUCUCUAACCCCGAGACCGCCCGCCAGCUCUUCAGGCAGUUUCGUUAUCAGGUGACGUCUGGGCCCCACGAGACCCUGAGACAGCUUCGGAAGCUCUGUUUCCAGUGGCUGCAGCCAGAGGUUCACACGAAGGAGCAGAUCCUGGAGAUCCUCAUGCUGGAGCAGUUCCUGACCAUCCUGCCCGGGGAGAUCCAGACGUGGGUGCGGACCCAGUGUCCGGGCAGCGGCGAGGAGGCGGUGACCCUCGUGGAGAGCUUGAAGGGAGACCCCCAGAGACUGUGGCGGUGGAUCAGCAUCCAAGUUCUGGGACAAGAAAUCCUAUCGGAGAAGACGGACUCCGCAAGCAGCCGCGUGGGGGGAGCGGGGCGCCAUCUUGAAAUGGCGUCUCAGGAGCUGGGACCUCGGGCCUCCCCCUCCAGGCCUGGGGAGCCGCCGAGCCGUGCUGUGAAAGAGGAGUCUGACAUGGAGCAGGAAUUAGUGCUGGCCGCUGCUGCCCUGGACGAAAGGCUCGUCGGAGACCAGGACUUCACGGCCUCCGUGCCCCAAGCAGCCCCUCAGGAGCCGUGGAGGCACCUGGAGUCCGUCCAGAAGGAGCAGUACUGGGAUCUCAUGCUGGAGACCUACGGGAAGAUGGUCUCCGGAGGCAUUUCCAGUUCCAAGCCUGAUCCGACUGGUCCAACGGAGUAUGGGGAAGAGCCUGCCGGGCGGCACCCUCACCUUAGUGAGAAGAUCCCAAGGCCCACCUGCCUAGGAGACAGGCAAGAGAAUGACAAAGAGAACCUGAAUUUGGAAAAUUGCAGGGGCCAGGAGCCUUCCGACGUCUCCUGCCACGCCUCAGGGGAGGCGCCUUCCCAGGCCUCCUUGAGCGGCCUCUUCGGUGAGGAUGCACCGAGAUGCUUUGGAGAAGUGGACAGUCGCCCCGAGGCCCCGGGAGACCUGCAGGGUGAGGGGCCGGUGGGCCAGCUCUCUCCUCAAGAGAGGAAUUCUGGGAAACAGCAUGUGGCCAGUCCCCGUCCAGAAGACCUGUCCCUGCUGUGGCUGGAGGAGAAGAGAGACGCCUCCCCGAAGGGGCAGCCGAGGGCCCCCAUGGCCCAAAAACUCCCCACCUGCAGGGAGUGCGGGAAAAGCUUUUACAGGAAUUCUCAGCUUGUUUUCCACCAGAGAACUCACACUGGAGAGACAUACUUCCAGUGCCCCACCUGCAAAAAAGCCUUUCUGCGGAGUUCAGACUUCGUGAAGCACCAGAGAAUCCACACGGGGGAGAAGCCCUGUAAAUGUGGCCACUGUGGCAAAGGCUUCAGCGACUUCUCGGGACUGCGUCACCACGAGAAGAUCCACACGGGAGAGAAGCCCUACAAAUGUCCCAUCUGCGAGAAGAGUUUUAUUCAGAGGUCAAACUUUAACAGGCAUCAGAGAGUGCACACAGGAGAGAAACCGUACAAGUGUCCCCGCUGCGGGAAGAGUUUCAGCUGGAGCUCGAGCCUUGAUAAACAUCAAAGAUCCCACUUAGGAAAGAAGCCCUUUCAGUAGCCAAGCUCCCUGAGCCCAUUUCUAUCUCUGGGCCAUUUAAAAAUACUUCCUUCCAUCUGGAGACAUCGCAUCGCUUAAAGGCCAGCCCUGUUCUCUCUGUUAUUUUAUGGAUUCGAGAGGAGAGUCACCAGGGCACGGCUUUGGACUGGGAGGACACGUUGGCCUCUGGGUUGGGUUUCGUGUGGGUUUCAUUUCUUGCCUCUGCGUCGGGAGACAGAGUGGUCUUUCUCCGUCAGCUCGUCUCUUGCGGUGGAUCCCUUGGGGAAAAAGGUUCACUUGGAGAUCCUGUUCUAUUCUACAAGUGCCGUCUGGAGAGAGCUCAACUGGAUUGGCUGCAUGGCAGCUCAUGGCGGCUCAUGGGAAGGGCCUGGGAUCAGCGGUUUAGGAGGGGGGUUCGGGAGCAGGCCCUCUGUCACAGGAAGGGCAGCAGAGAGGGCCAGUGAGCUCACGUGUGUUCCUUGCCAGACGGGUGCAAAAUUAACCUCAACUGUCUCUCGUUCUAAAUAAACUUCUUAGAGUUACCCCGUA